GAUAUUCAACAAUGCAAAUGGCCACUGAUGCGGAUGCCGCCGCCGCCGUGGUGGCCAAGACGCCGCAGUUCUCCAUGUGGGCUGGAAAGACCAUCGUUGAAGCCGGAGACCUCGUGAUCUUGUUUGAAACGCACAACAGCAUCACGUACACCUACGUAAAACCUGACGAAAUCUACCAAAACCGCCACGGGGCGUUCCACCACAACGACAUCAUUGGCAAUCGCUACGGCGCCAAGGUGUACUCUCGCAUCUCGAAAGGGUAUAUGUACGUGCUGUCUCCAACGCCCGAACUCUGGAGCAAAGCGCUGCGUCAUCGCACGCAGAUCGUGUUCACGUUGGAUGCGAGUUCGAUCAUUUUUCAGACGCAUUGCGCACCAGGCAAGAUUGUCAUCGAGUCGGGGACCGGCAGUGGUGCCCUCACGACGGCAUUCGCCCGAACAGUCGCUCCACAUGGUCACGUUUACACGUUCGAGUUCAACGCCACGCGCGCGCAAGUGGCCAAGGACGAGUUCCACGCGAAUGGGUUGGACAGCGUCGUGACCAUUGAAUGCCGCGACGCAUGCGAGCAAGGGUUUCCCGAUCAUUUGGCUGGCAAAGUCGACGUGGUGUUCUUGGACCUCCCGUGCCCGUGGAAAGCAGUGGGCCACGCGAAGAAGAUGCUCAAGCACAACGGAGCAUUUGCAUCGUACUCGCCGUGCAUGGAGCAAGUCCAGCGAACGUGCGACGCGCUGCGCCUCGACGGAUUCGAUCGCAUCCGCACGAUUGAAACGCGGCUGAUGCCGUACUCGGCGCGCACCGUGCAUCUCCCUGUGCCAUCUUUUGAAGAGGAGUACCAGCGAGGAAAGCGAAAAGCAGAAGACCAAGCCGACGACUCCAAGCCCAAGCUCACGUUGGCCAAACGCGACGACGAGAUGCGCGGCCACACGGCGUUCCUCACGUUUGCUUUUAAAUUUUAAACUCGCCAACUUUGGACGUCUUCCAACUCGAAUCGGUGGAGGGAAUCCGAGGCGCAUUUCUUGCUGC